AUGAAUGAACAUCAUAUGAUCACGCGUCGCCGUUCGCGUUCCAAAACACCCUUUUUGCGUUCAGCAUGCGAUCAUGAAAACUGUGAUCAUGUCGAUCAUCUAAAGAGUAGUCCACAGCACCAGAAGAAGAAAAUACCUGCUGUAGAAUUCAUCGUAACUGCCUCAUGUUUUAGAUCUUUAAGUAUUACAACUUUUGUAAGAGAAAUAAUUGAUUUAACAAAAACGGCAAGUGAUGAAAAAGAGAGCAACGUUAAACGUGGUCAAUCACAGUUGAGAACUACAAAUAAUAUGUCAUCAUCAUCAACAACAACAACAACAACCAAAUUUAUAACAACUGAAAAACUAAGAGGAACUGUUAAUACAUCAACUCCUAAAGAAAGCUAUUCUUCAGGCAGUUUUAUAUCAAGAUUUGCCAGAAGCGGCAAUAGAAGAGGACGUACCGUAUUAACAGAAAGUGCACAAAAUGAUCUAAACUCUCAGUUUGAAAUAACUUGUAAAUUAGCUGAAAACUCACUAAAAAAUAAAUCCGUCAGUAGUAUAUUCAAUGAAUCAGCGAUUAAUACUGAUUUGUCGGCACAUCCUGCCUAUUUGGAGUAUAAAUUGGCUGGCGAAUAUUGGGAAAAAACACCAAAGACCGAUUAUACAUAUUCUUAUCUGUCACCACAUCGAAGGCCAUUAACUAAUGGAUACGUGGGCAUGCCGAAUAUGUCUAGGCGUAGUAUCUAUACUGAUCAAAGCAGUUAUUAUGAUUCAGCAGAUGAAGUUGAUUAUUUGGUUGAAAAACAAUGUCAAAAGAAGGCUUACUAUAAUACUGGCAGUAUGCAAACAAAAGAAAAUUGGUUAAUGCGUCUCAUUACUAUAAUUACUACAAUAACAACAAUUACUUGGGAUAGGCUUGUUGGAACUUCCAGUCAAAUACGACGACAUAGCAAUAUAUAUACUACCGAUGUAAAUAGAAAAGGUGUUUUUGCCUCUUUUGGAGAAAGAAUCACGAGUACUUUUAGAAGUUUAAUUCACUACACUUACUUGUCCAUAUCAAAUAUUCUGUGCAUGGACACUUGGCUAUUGCGUUCCUCCAAUGUGAACAACAAAGGUCGCAAACGUUUUUUGCUUUUCUUAUUGUGUUUACUACCCUUACUACUUUUAAUUGCGUGGCGUUUAUUUGGUGAGAAUGAGGAUUAUAAUUAUCUACGAAAGGCGCAAUUACUUCUACCAUCGUCAUUUUACGCUACCCUAGGAAGUCGUGUAGUUAAUAUUGGGAACACACUGAAGGAUUUCUUCUCAUUAUCUGCUAUUAUAGGCUUUAGUGCAAAACUACUACGAAGAGCUAAAGAGGACACAAUUGCCAAUAUACACAUAGAAAAAUUGCAGCAGAACAUGAAAAAUUCAUUGACUGCCGCAGAAUAUGAAAAUAUAUUAAACCACAUUAAUAGUUAUGUGCAGCAGCUGUUGGAAGUCAAAUUAAAAGAAGAAAGACUGCAGAGAGAGAAAUCCGCACCUCUAACACCACAACAGAUGCAAAUCAUUGUCAAGAUCAUGCAUGAAAAUUUUGAACAAAUGGCGAAGAAAGGACAGUUUGACAGCCAAAUUAAUCUGGCAAAUUUAAGUGAAGAUCAGGUUCAACAUUUAGCAGGGAUCAUACAAUUGAAACUAGAGGCUGCUGGCUGGUCUAGCUCACACCCCGUAAGAUUAACUGCUGAGAACUUGAAGGAAAUAACAGAAGUCGUAAAGCAACAAAUCAACGUAAAUAAGCAAACACACCUGACAUACAUAAUGGAAAACAUUGACUUAAAUGCAGUUCUGGGACGUGUGUUGAGUGCACCGGAAUUAGCGAAGUUUGUAGAUGCGCGAAUUAACGUUGCUAUAGAUGAAAAACGCUUGAGUUCGAAGACGGAAGGCUCUGGUGCUGGCAUAAAUGUUGCAACUGAAUUCAAACAACAGCUACGUUUGAUCGAUGAACUAAACAAUCAAAUUGCAUUUAUAAAACUUUCACUGUCCGACAAGUUAGGGGAAAAUGAAGAGUUACAGAAUUCGUUGAGAAAACUGAAAGGGAGUCAGGACGAUUUACUCAUACGAUUGCAGGAGCAUGAGUUGUUGACCGAUAAGCGAUUUAGUGGACUUCUCGCUGAAAUUGAAAGUAAAUUCUCAGCACUGCAAAAUGAGCAAUUCAAGUUGCUCAAUCAGCAAGUGAAACUUUCUUUGAUUGAGAUUUUGGGUUUUAAACAGAAUCAGAACUCUGGUGUGAAAUUUGAGGAAAUAGAUUUGCAGAAUUGGGUUCGGAACACGUUUGUGGCUAAAGAUUAUUUGGAAAAGCGUUUGGAAGAAUUAAAUAAUCGUUCCGAUGAUAAAAUACGUGCUGAGAUUGAUCGUUCCGAGGUUAUUAAAUUAUCUCCUUAA